AUGGGUGCAGGGAUAGCAGGUCCUGAUGAUAUUGCCAUCGUGGGGUAUUCCUUCAAGCUUCCGCAGGAUGUGGACGACGACUCCAGUUUCUGGGAGCUUCUUCAAAAGCGAAGAAACUUGAUGACCGAAUGGCCACAGUCACGAAUCAAUGCUCAGAGCUUUACGGACAGCAGCAACACUAAGUUCCGUGCUACAGGCGGUCAUUUCAUCAAUGAAGAUGUGCGCGCUUUCGACGCUCCAUUUUUCUCGGUCACGGCGAAAGAAGCUGCCGCAAUGGAUCCGCUUCAGCGAUGGACCUUGGAGGUCUCAUAUCGAGCUUUCGAGAAAUCUGGAAUCCCAGUGGAGAGCCUAAAGGGUUCGCGGACGGCAGUCUUUUCUGCCACUAUGAUCGAAGACUAUUCAAACAUGGUUGCUAUGGAUCCUGACAAUGCCGAGCGCACGGCUGUAACUGGAAGUGCGGUUCCUUGUAUCAUUCCGAAUCGCAUCAGCUGGUAUUUUGAUUUGCGGGGCCCAAGUAUCCAUGUGAACACGGCCUGUUCGAGCAGUUUAGCAGCUGUAGACAUGGCCUGCAAGACGUUGACAAGCGGUGAUGCUUCCUGUGCCAUCGUCACGGGAUCCAAUCUUCUUCUCGACCCUGCCGUCUUUCAGAUGUUGUCCACCCAAAACUUCUUGUCUUCCGACAGCAAGUGCUACAGCUUCGACCAUCGUGCUAAUGGGUACGCCAGAGGGGAAGGUAUCCUUGCUAUCGUACUGAAGCCAGUCUCUGCGGCGGUACGAGACGGAGACAUGAUUCGUGCAGUCAUCCGUUCGACGGGCUCGAACCAAGAUGGACGCACUCCAGUUCUUACCCAGCCAAGUCCUCAGGCGCAGGAGGAUCUGAUUCGGCAUGUCUAUAAGCAGGCUGGUCUUUCGUUUGAGCAGACAAGAUAUGUCGAAGCUCAUGGAACUGGGACACCAGUCGGAGACCCGAUUGAGAUGAGAGCAAUUGGUCGAGUGUUCCGCAAAAGUCGGUCCCCAGAAUAUCCUCUCUACGUGGGCUCGGUCAAGGCAAAUAUAGGACAUUUGGAGGCAGCAAGCGCUUUGGCCAGCAUCGUCAAGGCAAUCUUAAUGCUUGAAAAGGGUGUCAUUCUGCCAAAUGCCCUUUUCGAAAAGAUCAAUCCUGCCAUCGAUGUUGACUUUUAUAAUAUCAAGGCUCGUUCUCCAGGCUACGUCCCCACCGAGAGCAUACUAUGGCCAAGUCCUGGGAUUCGUCGGGUGUCAGUAAAUUCGUUUGGGUUUGGAGGUUCAAACUCACACGUCAUUCUUGAUGACGCAUUCUAUUACUUACAGGAUCGGGGCUUGAUAGCGAAUCAUUGUACUAAUUCCGAUAAAGAGGCUAUAUUCCCCGCCUUGCUUCCUGUCAACCGCAUCACACGUCUCAAUGGAGAAGCACACACCAACGGGCAUGGUGUGACGAAUGGGAAAGCGCAACAUAAUGGGCUAUUCGCUAAUAGUGAUCAUCAUGCGAACAUAAAUGGUACUACCCACACAAUCGACAAGAUAACAAGCAACGGGUUCAGAAGAGCUCUUGCCAAUGGAAGCUCUCGAUGCAAUGGCGAGCUAAAUGGUGUCAACGGCAAUCAUGGAGUGCCAAGUCAAAUUGUUAAAACGAAGGUGCUGGUGUUUUCCGCUGCUGACGAGAAAAGCGUUACGCGGAUGAUGGAAGACUACACCCGAUUCUACAAAGAUACGAUUGUCGGCGAUGCCCUCAGACUCGAGAAAUUAUCCUUCACUCUUGCCGCCCGGCGAAGUCAUAUGCUAUGGAGAGCUUUUGCCAUAGCCAUGGAUCCGUCAGGUAGUGAAGAGCAGCAUGGCCUUUCACUGGCUAAGCCAUUGCGAAGCUCGACUGAGACAGGUCUGGCUUUCGUGUUCACGGGUCAAGGAGCACAAUACGUGGAUAUGGGCUGGAGCCUUAUCCAGUUUCCUGUAUUUGCGGACACCCUGAGGCAAAUUGACAAUCUUUAUGGUGAGCUUGGAUGCUCAUGGUCAUUACUUGAUGCGCUGCGAGACAGAGAAACGAUCGACAAUCCAGAAUAUAGCCAACCGCUAUCCACGGCUAUCCAAAUUGCCCUGGUAGAAUUGUUACGGAGCUUUGGCAUCAUGCCUAAGGCCGUGAUCGGUCAUUCUUCCGGCGAGAUUGCUGCCGCGUGA